AUGAAUUCAGAUUUACCUCAAUAUUGUCAGCCUGGACCAUCCACAUCAAAAGAUGAAAACCAUCCACGAACAAAUACUGAUGAAAAACUCCAAUUUCCUCCUUACCACUACCAAAUGGAUGCAGCACAACCGUCCACGUCUGCUGCACAACUUACAUAUCCAGUGCCUCUAUCACCCUGGCCAAACAGUCAAAGUUUUCCUUCGUAUAUGCCAAUAGCGGGAAGUUCUACACAGCCACCGCCAUAUAUUUACCCAUCAACUUCUAGCUUAAGACUGCCACCCGCUGAACAAGUACCACCAAACUGUUUAGACUGGACCAUUAAUCCUAUUAAACCCCCACCACAGCAGUUUAAAACUACGUCGGAGCCAUUGUUUGCACUUGGAUAUAGUUCAACCAUUUCAGAAAAUUGGAUGGAAGGAGAUAAAGGUCUCCAGUACAGUAUUAAGAAUUUCACAUUUUGUACUAAAAGAAUAAACAGUUUAAAUGCAGCAAAUAGCUCCAGUCAAGUAAAUGAGUAUGACUCUUUGCUCGUCUCCAUCCCUCAGGCUCUAGAAGGAGAUUAUCAUUAUUAUGUAUGGCCUGCAUCACCUGUACUCGCAUGGAUUAUAUGGGAACACAGACUAGAACUGCCUGGAAAAAAGAUAUUAGAAGUUGGUUCUGGAACUUCUUUGCCUGGUAUAGUAGCUGCUAAAUGUGGAGCUAUUGUUACAUUAACUGAUGACCCUACUAUACCCGGAACUAUCAAACAUGUUCAGAAAUGUUGCUAUAUGAAUAGCUUGUAUCCCGAACAAAUAAGAGUACUUGGAUUGCAGUGGGGUUACUUUUUCCGUGAAACUUUAAAUAUUGGACCAUUUGAUUUGAUUAUUGGUUCAGAUUGUUUUUACGAACCAACCUUGUUUGAGGAUCUAAUUGCAACUAUAUCAUUUUUAUUAGAACGUAAUCCGUUGGCCAAGUUUAUGACAACAUAUCAUGAAAGAGACCCAGAAUACGGAAUUGACGAACUUGCAGCAAAAUGGAAACUUAAUUGUACACACAAACCACUUGAAGAAUUGGGUCAAAACAAUGAGCUAGAUAUUUAUGAACUUAUGAAAGGGAAUGAUAUACAUUUAAUAGAAAUUACAAAAAAAGUAUUUAAAAAAAAAUUAACUUAA